GAGCGCACCACUCCACCUGUGUGGUGGCCCGGCCAGGAGCAGGAGGACGAUAGGGAGUACCUGCUCACCCAAGGCCGAGCAAAGGACUUUUGGCUGGUAUGUGGGAGUUCCCUAGCCUGCUCCUGGAGGGGGAGAAUUCUGAGAUGAAACAGAGGGGGGCGCUGUGUGCUGGGGUGGGGAGAAUGUUGGGAGUUCGGCUGGACAAGGGGCUGCUCCAGUAUGUGGGGGAGGUGGUUCAUAUCUUCUCCCACAUCCACCAGACUUAUGUUGUGUACAGCCUGUGUAUGAAUGUCUCUGGAGACGGAGGGAAAGCCCAGAGUACUACACGGUGGCUCACUAGACCUUCCCUGCAGGAAGCUGCUGUAUCCACUGGAGUGAAGAAGAUCAUGAAGCUGUACGACACUACGGAGGAUCAAGAGGGACAAACUACCAAGAAGAAGGCUACUAACGCUAAGAGUGACGGACACCACAAGUCUAAAAAGCUCAAAGACAAUUCAACAAACAGCGGGACCAGACAGCUGUCACUCAGUUCCUUCUUCAAGAGCCCAAAACAAGAAACUUGAUCAAUUUAUACUUACAAUGAAUAACAAUGUCGUUUUUUUUUUUUUUUUUUU